CAUAGCUCAUGCACACGCAACAACACAUCUUAAGUCCUCUACUCUUGGAUUUAGGACAUUCCAACUAGAUUCAUAACACUGUACGCAACCGCACUUCUGUGCUUUAGUCGUCCUUAAGCUUCAGAUCCAGAUCUUAGGGAACAUUCUAUGAUGACUCAGCGCUCAGCCAUAUCAAUAAUUACUACUAUGUCUGUUCUGUUUGUAUUUUCUAGCUACUUAAGCUUGUGCUUCCGCCCAUUUAUCACAUUGCACACCUCCUGCACGCAACACGCAGCCGCUGCGACGUAACUCAACCCUAGAGAAAGAGAACAUGGCCAAUAUUAUUCGUUCUGCAAAGUCCAGCAGCAACUGGGAUGUCAAUGAGCUAAUCGCUUACAACAUAACCGUCACUGCUGUACCAUCACAGCAAUUCUUUCCCCAGGAGAUAGAUGUACCUCUAACCGCGGCAGGCCUUGAUCCCGCGCUCGCCACCGCCGACUCGGACGUGCGCCCUGACCCUGAUGUCUCGCGCAACACGUCUCUUUUUCUCCGGUAUCUUCAUGAUGCCACCACACCAGAUUUUUGUGUUCAGAAUGUUCGUGUGUCGAGCAUCGACGACUUCGUUUGUCAGCUUCUCAUUACAGUUGGCUUCACAAUGGGUCCGUAUUGCGUGUCAAGACGACGCUCGAUCCCAUUGUUGAUCUGUGAUUAUAACCGCAAAGUUGCGCAGAUAAGCGUAUGCUUGCGGGAUACGGAAUCAGACAUGCUACUUCUUCUACAAAUGGACAAGACGCAGAUAGGUAGCUCAAAUGUCGAAGCACGUAUGAUUCCAGGAGCCAUUGCGGCCUACCAGCUCAACAACAACAAGCGGCAAGAGAGGGGCCUGCACCCACUCGAUGCCAUGACUAUGCCUUGCAUCACCAUGAUUGGGACGCGCCCCACCUUCUGCUUGGUGCCCGUCACCAAAGCGUUGAGCGAUGCAGUCAAUUCCUGUCAAUAUCCGUCAGCUAGGACUGAGGUGUGGAAAUGCGAGGUCGCCAGUGACCACAAUGGAGGCAUGGAGGCACCGAAAUACAGGGGCAUCGCCUUGCAGUAUUAUGUUGCAUUCAAAUCCCUUGCUAAAAGCCACUGGGAUAAGUUUCUUCGUUAAAGUCUGAAUCACUUAUAAAUUUAACACACGACGUGUACAACUUGUAACAUUAUUCGAAUAUCGAAACAGAAUCAAAAACUUUUAC